CUGUUCUUUAUUUAUUUAUGACAGUUAGUAUGGAUCAUGGUCCAAUCAAUUUUUUGUUCUCUUUAUUAACAAAUCUUAGCGAAGGUUAACAUUAUGUGAAAUCCAUCUACAUAUGAUACAUUUUAAGGUUAUCCAGCGUACUUUUUAUUAUAAAUUAGUCGUAUUUACGGUUUCCUGACAUAAACCUAACACGAUGACGACUUUUCCAUUGUCUGUGUUAGUCGACCCUUUGAAAAUAGAAGAAUUAUUCCAAAAAAUAGAAAACAGAAAGAAGUUGGAACAAAUGUUGAUGGAUCCACGAGUUAUCGAGUUGUCAAGACAGUCGCCUCAGAGCAGGCAGGCCCUGGCAGCGGUGGUCCGGAGGCUUCAGGAAGAGAGGGAGAGGAAGAGGAGGAUCAGGAGCGCGGAACAGAAGGAGGAGGAACCAGCGGCGAAGUGGUUCAACUGCAUCAACUUCUUGAAGCACUUCUCGGUCCCUCCGAAGCAGAGUACUCGCCACUUGAUGAAGCCUCCUGAGUCCACGCUGAGGCAGAAGAACAAAGUUAGCAGGAGCACGCCGAAUCUCGAAUCUACAGCUCUUCCCAGCUUAGUCACUGAAGAAUCCCCAACUCUUUUCAUGACAUCUCAAUCAAUGCCCACCAACAUAAUGCCUGAAAUGUCUGUUUGCAUUCCCAACAUGAGUAAAGAGGGCGCGCUUCCUUGCAACUUAAUGGAUUUUUGCACUUCGGAAAAAGGUAGAGCUAUGAUAACUUCAAUUAUCAAUAAUACGGAUAUAAAACGGUUGUUGGGAUUGAAAUCGAGCAUUCCGACCGAAUCUCAUCAGUUGGUACACUGCAUCGAUUGCCUCAACGGCUCCUACCUCCAAUCCAUACAAUUCUACAUUCCAAGCAAAACCUCUUGUCAAAGGUUCAUAGUUUUGAGAUCACGCGCAUCGGGCAAUUCUCUUCCUCGUCUGACUUUUGAUGGACAUUGUACCCACUUGAAGAGUGUUGUAUCUUCGGCGACCCAGACCGCAUAUUCAGGAAGUUGUUCUCAUUGCAGCAGUUAUUGCAACUCUACGGAUAGCUUCAGUAGUUACAACAAUCCGCCACGUGGUGGGCUCGUCCAGAAAAUUCCGUAUGAGCUUUCUUUAUGCAAAAAAAAUUACAUGAUCAAGGCGUCGAAAUCCCAGUCCGCCAUGUAUACAACCGAUUACAGUGACUGCGAUUGCGAUAAUUUCUCAUCCCCGGAUGAACUGUGUAGCGGUAAAUAUCUAUCUCGAAUACUCACGAACGCAGUUGCUCCUAAAAUAGAUUAUUUGACCACACCGGAUGUUCUGGUUACUUAUUCAGGAAAAGGGAAUUCCAGCGAUGGUUCAUCAAGCAGCUCUUGCAAAGUCUGCAAAGGCAAUAUCUCCACCGAAUCUUUUCAACGCGAACCACAUGAAAUAUGGACACAAAAGAGACUGAAGACUUCUUGCGAAUCCUGUUUGAACACGUUUAGAACGGAAUACAUCCGUAAAUCGAGGUACUCUACAGAGUACUCUAAAGAGAUAACAAGAUUAAGUAACAGAAGCGGAUCUUUUGAUUCAUUGAGCUCGGAAGAAUCCUCGCAAGGGAUUUCUAACGGCCUCCGAGAAUUUGGUGAGGAUUUUUAUGCUCAAGCAAAGUCGAUUCUGGAUGGUGUGGGGGUAGAUGCGCAGAUAGAGCAAUUCGACAGACGAAAUGAAAUCAUUAUGAAAGAUUGUUCAGUAUACGAAGAACGAAUUAUACAAGAAGAAAAUUGUGAUGUUGAAACGAAGAAUAUUGAUUGUUUGAAUUCCGAUGUAAAGAAUGUGUCUUCAGGUGAGUUGGAACAAACCGAUUCGAAUGAAAAGCCUACAGAGUCCGUUUACGAAUCCACAGCACAAUCCCUAGCUCCGAUUAUUGAAAAGAACCUUUCGUUCUCAAGCGAGGGGAAGGUACGCAAUAUAACCAUCUGUGAAUAUACUAAAACGCAACUGGAUGGAGGCCUGGAACCUCCGGAAAACGGCAGCUCAAAGCCCCAAUCUGCGGUACCAAACAGGAAACAGCUGUUGGUGGACGAUCUCUUCUCCACCACCAGUUCAGAAGAAGAAAGGAAGCAUGCGGAAUGCGUAGUAACGCGCUUGAGGAAGCCACGUAAAAGGGUAAGAACUAAAACAGGCUCUACCUCAGCUUUUAGCGAUUCUUCAUCCUCUUCUUCUUUACCUCAGUUCAGGACCUUUCCCAGAAGGAUGAAGGCAAAGGCUGCUCCCAUGGAAACCCCAACGGUUCCUCAACAGAACCUCCUUCAAAAAAUAUCAAAACAGAAGUCGAGGAAAAAAAAUUGCGCUAUAAUGUAAUUUAUUAUCAAUUUUAGGCUGACUAUUAAGUCUUUCUUAAUAAGUUUAAAAAAAAAGUUUAAAAUGUACAAUAAAAAUAAUUUCUUUUAUUUAAAAAUGUGAAAUAAUUCUACCAGUGAUCUUGUAGAAUCGAGAAUGAUAACAAUGAAAGCGUUGUAACCUUUAGUUUGUGAAAUAUAUAUUACCAUAACUUUGUUAUGAUAAUAAUAUAUACAUGUUUUUUUAGAGAUCGAAAUUAUACUUCAUGUUUUAAAAAAUAAAGAAAAGUUUUUUUUUUU